GAAGAAACAGAAGUGGUGGUACCAUCGUGCGCGCGUUGGACGACAUGGCCAGGUAAAUUCGAGAAGUGGACCGUGAAUUCGGUGGGAAUCGGCAUUUGCCUUGCGGCAUAAAGAUUUCGAAAAUGACAAGCCUGCGGGUGGCCGCGGCGAUGGGGUUAUUGACCUUCAUAUUGGCUCCACUCGACGUGGCCGCCCAGCCGAGAGCGCUUCCUUACAAACUCUACAACUUCACUACGAAGAUUGACCACUUCUCGUACGGCAACAACGCCACGUUCCAGAUGAGGUACAUCAUGGCGGAUAAGUAUUGGGACAAAAUGAACGGGCCAAUCUUCUUCUACCCAGGAAACGAGAUGAGAAUUGAACCCUUUGUGUACAGCACGGGCAUCAUGUGGGAAUGGGCUCCGCGAUUCAAGGCUCUUCUGGUGUUCGCCGAGCAUCGCUACCACGGCCUGUCUCUGCCCUUCGGAAAGGACUCGUUUAAGGAUCUGGAGCACCUAGGGUACCUCUCCAGUGAGCAGGCCAUGGCUGACUAUGUUGAUCUGUUGACAUGGAUCAAAGGAAACCUUCCAGGAGCCAAGGAAAGCAAAGUGGUCACUUUUGGCGGCUCUUACGGUGCCAUGCUAGCUGCGUGGAUGCGGAUGAAGUAUCCCCACGUCGUCACGGCUGCUCUCGCCAGCAGCGCCCCCUUCAGGAUGUUUCCCGGUCUCGGCUCCUGUGACCGGUACUACAUAGGCGUGACGCAGGCAUUCGAGAAGUCGUCAUCGGGAUGCCGGACGGUCGUGUCCAACACCUGGCCCGUACUCGACAAGCUCGGAUCAACACCGGAGGGCUGUAAGACGCUGCAGGCAAAGUUUCGCACUUGCCACACCCUGGAACCCAGCAAUUACCCUGAAUUCCGCGACUGGAUCCGAGACACGUACUCGAUACUGGCCAUCAUCAACUACCCGUUCCCCGCAAGCUUCCUCGGACCCAUACCAGCUCAUCCUGUCAAGGCGACUUGCAAUAUCUUGCGCAGCGGGGCUAAAACUGAAGAAAGCACGGUGGAUGCAGUCGCCAAAGUGAUGAACAUGAUGUACAACGGCACCGGGAAAAGCCAGUGCACCAACGUUUACCUCAUUGCAAAUAUGCAUGCCUACCAGUUCCAGGAGUGUACCGAGCUCAUCCACCCGAAGUGUGGUGACGGCGUCAAGGACAUGUUCUACCCUCAAGAGUGGAAUCCCGAGAAAUUUGCUGAACGGUGCCGAAAAAGGUUCGGGGUUACGCCCGAAUUCGACGGGAUGCGCAAAAAGUACCCGAUCCCAGACUUCGAGAUGGCGUCCCAGAUUUUCUUCAGUGACGGCGACAUGGAUCCAUGGGUUGUGCACAGCUUGAAAAAGGCUCCCACGAGGGAAACCAAGUACCUACUCAUCAAGGGCGCCGCUCAUCACGUGGACCUACAAUUCUCGCACCGCGAUGAGCUUCGAUCCUACAGGAAUGCCAGGGAGGCCGAAAGACAGGCUAUCGCCGGUUGGAUAAACGCGUGAUGUUGAGGACCGCGCUAGACUUCAGCGCUUGUGCGCAGGCACAGGUCCUACGGCCAAACCGAUUCAUAGAAAAAAUUUGAUUGACUGCUCGCGCAAAAAUUGAGGCAAUAUAUCGCAGCAUGAGGCCAAUAAAUGGAUAGAAGCC